AUUUGGAAAAUCCAUAAUUGCAUGUGAAUGCGCAGAACCUGAUUUUUAAAGAUUUGCGCAUAAGUGAAGGACUUCUCCCACUCAUUUUAAUAAUUAUUUCCUGUUUCUUCUCCAGUUGUUCUUUCUGUCCCCAUCAACGGCACGGAAAUCUUUGCCGUAAUUACACACGUUAUUCAUCAACAACAAUUGUUUUUUUUUGUGGGGAUUUGAAAAGCAGAGGACAAUAACAUCAAACAUGAUACGCACGUUUAGUGGUGUACUUGGAGUUUUACGCCGGACUUACGGAGGAUACCGUAAUGGUGCAUCAACAAACAAUCGCAUGGGAGGCGGUGGCGGAGGAAGUGGAGGACAAAGGAAUGGAUAUCAUGGUAGUGGAGGUGGUUCACGAUUUGGUGGACGCGGAGGAGGUGGCGGUGGCAACAGCUACGGUGGAAAUACACGAAAUGUUAAUAAUCCAAAACUUUCUGGAGGCAGUUUGAGAAAACCAAAUUGGGAUUAUGAAAAUUUGAAACCUUUCAAAAAAGACUUUUACAUUCCCCAUGACAAUGUUCAAUCGCGUCAUGUUCGUGAAAUUGAACAAUUUAGAGAUGAAAAUAAAAUAACAUUAAAAGGAACAAGAGUUCCAAAUCCAAUAAAAUAUUUUGAGGAAGGUAAUUUUCCCGAUUAUGUAAUGCAAGAAAUUAGAAAACAAGGUUUCAAUGAACCAACACCAGUACAAGCACAGGGCUGGCCCAUUGCUAUGUCUGGACAAAAUAUGGUUGGAAUUGCCCAAACUGGCUCUGGAAAGACCCUUGGCUACAUUUUACCUGCGAUUGUUCAUAUUAACAGUCAACAACCAUUAAAUCGUGGUGAUGGUCCUAUUGCAUUGGUGCUUGCACCAACACGUGAACUUGCACAACAAAUUCAAUCAGUGGCAAAUGAUUUUGGCUCAUUGUCAUAUGUUAGAAACACAUGUAUUUUUGGCGGUGCGCCAAAAGGACCACAGGCUCGUGAUCUUGAGCGUGGUGUUGAAAUUUGUAUCGCCACACCGGGACGUUUGAUUGACUUUUUAGAACGUGGCACGACCAAUUUACGAAGAUGCACGUAUCUUGUUCUUGACGAAGCUGAUCGCAUGUUGGACAUGGGAUUUGAGCCACAAAUUAGAAAAAUCAUUGAACAAAUCAGACCCGAUAGGCAGGUUCUUAUGUGGUCUGCUACAUGGCCAAAGGAAGUACGCAAUCUCGCUGAAGAAUAUCUUACUGAUUAUAUUCAACUUAACAUCGGUUCACUUACUUUGGCUGCUAAUCAUAAUAUCCUUCAAAUUGUUGAUGUUUGCCAGGAACACGAGAAGGAGACAAAAUUAGGAACUUUACUUCAAGAAAUUGGCAAUGCCAAUGAUGACGGAGGAAAAACUAUUAUUUUUGUCGAAACUAAGAAAAAAGUUGAGAACAUCACAAGAAACAUUCGUCGUUAUGGAUGGCCUGCUGUUUGCAUGCAUGGCGAUAAAUCACAACAAGAACGUGAUUAUGUUCUCAAAGAAUUUAGAAAUAAAAGAGGUGGAAUUCUUGUAGCAACAGAUGUUGCUGCCCGUGGUCUAGACGUUGAUGACGUUAAAUACGUAAUAAACUUCGAUUAUCCACAAUCGUCAGAAGACUAUAUCCAUAGGAUUGGAAGGACGGGUCGUAGUCAAAGCACGGGCACAAGUUAUGCCUUUUUCACACCACAAAAUUGUAAACAGGCAAAGGACCUCAUAAGUGUUCUUAAAGAAGCUAAUCAGAUCAUCAAUCCAAAGCUCAAUGAACUCGCAUCGCGAGGAGGCGGUGGUGGUAGUUCUUAUGGAAAUAAAAAUCGAUGGGGUUAUGGAGGAGGAAGAGGAAGGGAAAACACAUUCUCUGGAUCGCACAAGAGAUUCGACUCUUCUAGAAACUAUAACAAUUACAGUUGAUUUGUGAGCCCUAUUUCGAAACACCAGGUGGGGCAACAAACGAUCUUUUAGGAAAUUACUUUUCUUACUUUCAUAUAUAUAUAUAUAUUUAUUAAAAAUCAGAAUUUUUAUUUUAAAUUUAAAAUAAAAAUUCUUUGCCCUUUUUUCUAAAAAAAAAAAAAAAAAAAAAAAAAGAAUUAGUAUUCUAAAGCUUGGAUACAUUUUUAUCAUUUAUUGACGCGAAAAUUUUCUCAGUAUAAACGUCUGUUUGCUUUUGUCUAAUUUUUCAGACGUUCCAGUUAAUGAAAGAUCGUUUCUUUACCGAGAUAAUAAACUAAAAAAAAAAAUAGUAAUACAAUUAAAAAAUAAUUUUUCGUUAAUUUUAUUUUAUUGAGUCAAACGUCUGAAAGUUAUUAUUUUUUUUAUUUUUUUUUAAUUAUUUUUGACAAAAGCAAACAGACGUUUGUUUAUAAAUUUUCAUUAACUUGUAGCAGGUUACAAGUAAAAUUAAUGAAAAAAAUGAAUAAAACUUUUGAUAGCAAUUACGGUAAAUUUAAAAAAAAUAACGUUUGCGAUCACUGUUAGUCCAAAGAUUAAAUUUAAUCUCGGUUUAGAACGAAAUCUUCAGUAUUCAUUCCAACGUCUCAGAGUAGUCUGAGCAUUGUUAAGACUAUUCAUUAUAACUUUUUUUUUUUAUCUUGAUCAUUAGAAAAAGAACUUUACCAUCGACAAACUGUGUUAAAAAUAACUUACAAUACAUGUAAUAUCAUUUGGUAAAUUAUUGCACAUCAAUGUCAUGUUUUAGAUAUGGAAUAAAAAAAAGAGAAAACA